AUGAAGUAUUUAACAAUUUAUUUUUUACUUGUUAUAAUUAGUUGUUUGUUUAUGAAACAAACAAAUGCGGUUUUUGGAAAAGGCAAACAGAAAGACGACAGCAAAGGUCAAUGUAGUGUGUACAAAGGUCGAUGUGGUGGUGCAAUUAGUAAUACAUGCUGUAAAACACCUUUAAAAUGUUCUAAACAAACAGAAAUUUGUGGUAAAGAUAAAUUAUGUUGUGUAACUGAAGCCGAUAUUCAACGUCAUAAACAAGCAACAGGUCCUUGGUUAAAAAAUCGAAAUGGUUAA